UUAAUUUGAGAAAUGUCACUCGUUGUGUGAAACAAAUUUACGUUCAGUCAGAAAACAAGCUUAGUAGAAGCUUGAAACUUCUAGAAACUUCUUCAAAAUUUUGAGCACAUAAUGUUUUCGAAAAUAUUUUCGAAAACUGUAACCUUGUCCCUAUUCGUCAGCCUUACCUCUGCACAAACCUGUGGUCACCUCGAUGUCUUCACGCCCUCCGAUGACACCCUAAUUUUCGCCCAGUUUCCUCUCCAACUUGCCCACCCCCUCGCUCUAUUCGACGGUCCCGCCUCCAUCUCCGCCGCGCCGACGGAAACGGUCAGAACGGUUUCCAUGACGACCGAGCAAAUCAAGUACUACAACUAUUUCUCUGCCGCCGUGUACUGUCCAACCUCGUUGAAAACGUUGUCGUGCUGUUACUGCGGUCAUUUUAAUUCGACCGUCACUGAUUUCGAAAUAAUUGAGAACGAAUUGUACGGAACUAAAGCGUUGGUCACGCUGCAUGCGGUGAGAGGCGAAAUAGUGGUGACUUUUCGGGGGAGUGUUGGCAUUAUGAAUUGGAUCCUGGAUUUUACCCUCAUUCCGACAUCUGCGGAAUCGGGAGGACCGGGAAUAAGAAUCCAUAGAGGAGUCUUUUUGAGCUUAAUGACAAUUUAUAAUAAGGUUGUCACACAAGUUGGUGUCUACCUCGCGUGUUAUCCGGGCGCUCGUGUCGUGGUUAACGGUCAUAGUUUGGGAGGAGCCAUGUCGUCCCUGUUCAUCUACCUUGUUACAAGUUUAAAUCAAUUUCCUACCGCGAAUUAUGCUCUGGUAACCUUUGGCCAACUGAGGGUGGGAAACGUGCACUUUACAGAUUAUACGAAUGCCCUUCCCAUCAUGAUGAGCAGAGUGGUUGCCAGGGACGACAUAAUCCCACAUCUUCCACCAGUUAGCGCCUUCGGUGUCAUCGAUCUGCUCAUCCACACCAAUUAUUUGCACCACGGGCAAGAAGUUUGGAUAAAUGGGAGCGAAAUUAAUUUUUGUUCCCAAGCCGUUUACGAGGAUCCCACCUGUUCCAACUCCCUCGGACCAUUGUACACGAUUAUUGACCAUUUGCAGUACUUUGACGCGGACUAUUCCGUCUGCUACUUUGUGGAAGGAUGGCUGGAUAUAGAUCUCAUAAGCAUAGCGGGAUUCAUCCCCACGGACUACAUUCCCCCGAUGCCCACCGUGAUGGCAGGGAUCCUCACGGGUUUGGUGGAAGGUGGAUACGAGGGCAUUUUACCUGUGAUUGGUUAAGAAUUUGGAAGUGAAAUUAUUUUAUUUAUUCUAAAGCAUAGUCUUCUGUUCUUUUAAAAAAUAUUUAUAUACUAGGAAACCUUUCAGAUUUUUUUUCACACUACUAUUAUCGGCUGAAGAGUAGUUAAAUACGUACGUAUGUAUGUACAUACAUAUCUAUCUUUGGUUGCAGUAUUUUAGUUGCGUACAUAUGUAAAUACAUAAUCCUUACACAAAAAAAGUAUGGGUAAUUCCUACAAAAAAAGUGGUCAAAGCCAAGCCGAAUCGCCAUGUCACUAUAUUUACAUUAUUUGUAUGCAUGUGCAUAUGGUUAAGAAAUUCUAUAAAUUUUCCAUGCCCAAAGGUUUUAUAUGUCUCAAAUACAUAUCUAAACGUCGCACCCUAGGAUUAAAGAAUGUCACCAUUAACCGCACGCAUUUACAUACCCACGGUAUAUUUAUGUGCAAUCCUUCUCUAGUUAACCUUCAUAAUCCGUUGACCCAAAAUUUUCCAUCUUUUUGUCACCAUAUACUUAAUUUGAGAAAUGUCACUAGUUGUCUGAAGCAAAUUUACCUUUAGUCAGAACACCAGCUUCAAACUAUGUAUUAGUAGUAGAAUUCAGUGCGCAUUAAAAAUAAAAUCCUUCAUUUUGAGCACAUCAUGUUUUCGGAAAUAUUUUCGAAAACUGUAGUCUUCUCCCUAUUCGUCAGCUUUACUUCUGCCCAAACCUGUGGUCACCUCGAUGUCUUCACACCAUCCGAUGACACCCUAAUUUUCACCCAGUUUGCCCUUCAACGUCCUAACUCUGUCGCCCAAUCCGACGAUGCCGCCUCUAUCUCCGCUGCGCCGACCAAAACGGUCAGAACGGUUCCCAUGACGACCGAACAAAUCAUAUAUUACAACUAUUUCUCUGCCGCCAUGUACUGUCCAACCUCGUUGAAAACGUUGUCGUGCUGUCAUUGCGGCUAUUUUAAUUCGAGUGUCACAGAUUUCAAAAUAAUCGAGAACGAAUUUUACGGGACUAAAGCGUUGGUCACGCUGCAUGCCGUGAAAGGCGAAAUAGUGGUGACUUUUCGGGGGAGUGUCGGCAUUAUGAAUUGGAUCCUGGAUUUUACCCUCAUUCCGACAUCUGCGGAAUCGGGAGGACCUGGAAUUAGGAUCCAUAGAGGGUAGUCAAACAAGUUGGUAUCUAUCUAAGGCAUUAUCCGGGGACUCGUGUCGUCGUUAACGGUCAUAGUUUAGGAGCAUCAAUGUCGUCCCUGUUCAUCUAUUUUGUGACAAGUAUAAAUCAAUUUCCUACCGCGAAUUAUGCCCUGGUCACCUUUGGCCAGCCGAGGGUUGGAAACGUGCACUAUGCAGAUUAUAUGAAUGCCCUUCCCAUCAUGAUGAACAGAGUGGUUGCCAGAGCCGACAUAAUCCCCCAUUUCCCACCAGUUGGCCACCUCGGCUUAAUCGAUUUGCUCAUCCACACCACUUAUUUCCAUCACGGGCAAGAAGUUUGGAUAAAUAGGAAAGAAAUUAAUUUUUGUUCUCAAGCCGUUUACGAAGAUUCCACCUGUUCCAACUCCCUCGGACCAUUGUACACGAUUAUUGACCAUUUGCAGUACUUUGACGCGGACUAUUCCGUCUGCUACUUUGUGGAAGGAUGGCUGGAUAUUGAUCUCAUAAGUAUAGCGGGAUUCACCCCCACGGACUACAUCCCCCCGAUGCCCACAGUGAUGGCAGGGUUCCUCACGGGUUUGGUGGAAGGUGGAUACGAGGGCAUUUUACCUGUGAUUGGUUAAGAAUUUGGAAGUGAAAAUGAUAUUUUUUUUGAAGUUUUGAAGCACAAUCUUGUUUUUUAAUA